AUGCGCGCACCCGGCGCCGUUCCACCCCUUUCCGGCCCGGUCAGGAUAACUCCUGCUAUGCUCCCCAAUGAGGCCAACGCGGAUUUCAAAGACUCGUCUUUUUUCCGGCGGUUUGAUCGUCUCCCGUCACCAGCAGAAGUUCAAGCCCAAGCCCGAGCUCAGCAUCUACAAGGAAAAUCUGUGGAUAAACGAAGAGGGUUUUCAGCAGAUCUGGACUUCUACAAACCACUGCCGGCUGUCUUCGAAUCUCUCGGACUGUUCGUUAAGUGGGGAGGUGCAGUUAGCAUUGCAGAAGGUCAAUGCCUUUAUGCCAUCAAUCACUUCUUGAGAGGCUUUGUUCCGGUACCCGAGAUUUAUGGCUGGAGAACCGAGAAGAGCCAUGUAUAUAUCUAUAUGGAGGCACUUGAAGGCCAAACGCUAGAGAAGAUGUGGGAUACUAUGAAUGAUAAUCAACGCAACGCCAUUUGUCAACAGCUUAAGAUAAGUUUUGACAAUCUUCGUCAGCUUGAGCAAUGUCCAAAAGACCGCUUUAUUGGGAACAUUAAUCAAUCGAACUUCUUUGACAGGGCAAUAAAUGUACAAUAUCAGGCUGAAUCAGGGCCUUUUUCUUCUGUUAAAGAAUUUCACGAUUGGUUUUCCUUCUUAUGCAGACGCCCAAUGCCGGAUCCCUACUCUGUCAAUUUUGACUGGAUUCGCGAUCAACUACCUGAUGAUGCUGCUAUCAAGUUCACACAUGGUGACCUUCAUCGAAGCAACAUCAUUGUGAAGUUGACUCCGCAGCCACAUGUUGUUGGCAUUAUUGAUUGGGAGCAGAGUGGCUGGCUUCCCGAGUACUGGGAAGAACGCAAAGCGAUCUUUACGACUUUCCAAUGGAAGGAAUGGGCUUCAACCUAUUUACCAAAGAUUCUCCAAUCAUAUAAGAACACUGAAGAGGCUUGGGGAUUUUUCACAGAGGGUGUUGUCUAG